AUGACUGCGCACGCCGGGUCUGUCCGUGCGUGUCUGGCGGUGGUGCUGGAGGUGGGGGUGGUGUGUGUCCUGGUCUCGUUCUCCGCCGCUUCAGACCCCGUCGCGGCCGCUGCUGGGACUCAGGACCCGGGGGAUGGUGGCUCUCAUGCGGGAGGAGAGGAGCAUCACCACGGCGGAGGAUACAGAGUGGUCCAGUGGGAGUGGAGCUACGUGCAGACCCCCUACAUCAUCGCGAUCUGGCUCCUGGUGGCGAGCGUGGCCAAGAUUCUCUUCCACCUGUCCCAACGUUUCACCACGGUCGUACCUGAGAGCUGCAUGCUGAUCCUGCUGGGCCUGGUUCUGGGGGGUAUCGUGCUCGUGGCCAAUAAGAAGCAGCUGUACCAGUUAGAGCCCGCCCUCUUCUUCCUGUUCCUGUUGCCAACCAUUGUGGGGGACGCAGGGUACUUCAUGCCCGCCAGGCUCUUCUUCGACAACCUGGGCGCCAUCUUGACCUACGCCGUGGUCGGGACGCUGUGGAACGCCUUCUGCACCGGCUUCUCCCUGUACGCCGCCAGGAUGCUCAACGUCAUUGACGCCAAGGUGCAGGCCGACCUCAUGGACUUCCUGCUGUUCGGCGCUCUGAUCUCAGCCGUGGAUCCGGUCGCUGUGCUCGCCGUGUUUGAGGAAGUGCACGUCAACGACACGCUCUUCAUCAUCGUCUUCGGGGAGUCUCUGGUCAACGACGCCGUCACCGUGGUCCUGUACAAAGUCUACAUCUCGUUUGUGGAGGUGGGACCAGAGAACGUUCAGACAGCUGACUAUUUCAAAGGCGUGGCCUCCUUCCUCAUCGUCAGCAUCGGGGGCACUCUGGUGGGGCUGGUGUUUGCCGUGAUCCUCGGCUUCAUCACCAGAUUCACCAAAAAUGUGCGCAUCAUCGAGCCGCUGUUCGUCUUCCUGCUGGUGUACCUGGCCUACCUCACGGCCGAGCUCUUCUCCCUCUCCGCCAUCCUGUCGAUGACGUUCUGUGGCAUCGGUGCGAACAAAUACGUGGAGGCCAACAUCUCUCAGAAGUCUCGGACCACCGUCAAGUACACCAUGAAGACCCUGGCCAGCAUCGCAGAGACCAUCAUCUUCAUCUUCUUGGGGAUUUCUGCGGUGGACAAGACCAAAUGGGCCUGGGACACCGGGCUGGUCUCCUGCACCCUGGUCUUCAUCCUCGUCUUCAGAGCCAUCGGGGUGAUCGGACAGACCUGGGUGCUGAACCGGUUCCGUCUUGUUCCUCUGGAUAAGAUCGACCAGGUUGUGAUGUCGUAUGGCGGCCUGCGGGGGGCGGUGGCGUUUGCCCUGGUCGUGCUGCUGGACGCCGAACAUGUCAAAGCCAAGGACUACUUUGUUGCCACGACGAUCAUAGUGGUUUUCUUCACCGUCAUGUUCCAGGGUCUGACGAUCAAACCUCUGGUGAAUUGGCUCAAAGUCCCGCGCUCCACCAGCAGAAAACCGACCAUCAACGAGGAGAUCCAUGAGAGGGCCUUCGACCACAUCCUGACCGCAGUGGAGGACAUCGCUGGACUUCAGGGAUAUCACCACUGGAGAGACAAGUGGGAGCAGUUUGACAAGAACUAUCUGAGCAAACUUCUGCUGAGGAAGUCCGUGUACCGGAAGAGUGAACUAUGGGAGGCCUACCAGAAGAUCAACAUCCGGGACGCCAUCAGUGUCAUCGACCAGGGCGGGAACGUGCUGACCUCCGCUCGCCUCUCGCUUCCGUCGAUGGCGUCUCGAGCUUCGUUCCCAGAGUUUACAAACGUCACCAACUAUCUGAGGGAGAAUGGCAGUGGUGUGUGUCUGGAUCUACAGGUGAUCGAUAACGUUCCUGGGGCCAAAGUGGAGGAGGACACAGAGACGCACCACUUUCUGGCAGGAAACCUCUACAAACCACGACGACGGUACCAGUCUCACUACAGCCGUCACUUCAUGCCGCUCGGGGAGAAGGAACGCCAGGACCGAGAAGUUUUCCAGAGAAACAUGAAAUAUCGAAUGGAGAGCUCCAAGUCCACCAGGCACAAGCGCCACAAGAAGGAACGCAGCCUGAAAAAGCGACGCGGAUCAGAUCCAAAGGAGGACAGCACCGAGAGGCCGAGACGCAACGUCAGCUGGCACGACAAAGAGCCGGUGAUGGUCCCAGUCGACUCUGAGGACGACAAACAUUCAGAAGCAGAGAAAGAGGACGACGAGGGGAUCACGUUUGUGGCUCAAAAGGUGGAAACGCCAAAACCACAACCCAAAACAGACUCGGCCGCUCCACAGGCCUCCAGCAGCCCUCUGGCCAGCCCGCCCUCGCGCCCCCUCAGCCUGGACACCCCUCUGCCCUGGAAAGGCGGCGUGGGCUCCCCCCCUCCCUGCGUUUCCCUAGAGGCCACAAAGAUCAUCCCUGUGGAUCUGCAGCGAGCCUGGAACCAGAGCAUCUCCUCCCUCGAGAGCAUCUCCUCCCCCCCUGGACCCCCACCCGCUGCCGAGGUGGUCCACCCCAGAGUCGGUGUCCUAGCCCGGCUCGGAACGCCCCGCCCAGCCUCCUACACGCCGUCCACCAGCACCUCCGUCUUCUUCAGCACCUCCAGCUCGCAGCUCGUGCACGGGUCAUUUUUGUUUCCCGAAAAACCUCCAAAAGAAGAAGAAGAGGAAGAAGAGGAGGAGGAGGAGAGUUCGCACGAGUUGCAGCCAUUGAUGUCCACGCUGAAGCCUCCGUCAUCAGCAGCAGCAUCAGCAUCAGCAGCAGCAUCAGCAUCAGCAGCAGCAUCAGCAGCAGUGGACCCUCCUGUGGUGCCUCCUCUAGCCCCAGCUCCAGCUUCAGCACUGGGACAAGGAAGCAAGAAAAACCCCCGAGUGUUUCUGCGCAGUCUGGUAUCGGCGCCCUCUCCUGGCAGCUCAGAGCCACGCAGCAGCAGAGGACCCACUCAGCUCUAG